ACCUCUUGAUCUGCAGUCAAAUGCUCUACCACUGAGCUAUGGACCCAUUGUUGUUUCAAAAUCUAAAUAUUUACAUUAUAAAUCAAUCUUAAAACUCUUACCGAAAACUCACCCUUCUAAUACCCCAAUUCUCCCUCGUUUCUUAAACCUUAAAAACUCCAAAAACAACUGACACUAAAACCACCGAAACAACCACCGUCAUCAAUGGCGGCGCUAACUCCGUUCGGCAUCAAACUCGCCGUCCACAUCAUCACCACCGACUUCGGAAACCUUGUUUCUAAAAUUUGCGAAUGUUUACUCAGAAGAGGAACCCUAAGUAAAGCGCUAAUUUCUCGAUUUACUGAACUUCCUCAAGAUAAAGUUAAGAAAUGUUUAUGGGUUUUAAUUCAGCAUAAUUGCGUUCAAGCCUUUGCUCUUGAACAAGAAGGUGGUGGCAAGGAUACUACAGUGGUAGUGACUCAGUACAUGGCAUUGUUCAACAACAUCAUUCAUCGUUUGAGGUUUCCAAAGUUCAUGAGUAUAGUCUCAAAAGAACAGGAUACAAAAGGUUCAGAUAUUCUUGAGGGGUUGCUGCAGCAUGGCAGACUUACUCUCACACAAAUUUUAGAUAGAGCAUUGGCUAGUUCAAGUGAAGGAAGUAGUGAUACUCACCAAGAAAGCUUCACUAAACUUGUUCGUUGUCGUUUUGUGGAACGAUGCCCUGCUCCAGAGCCUUUAAUAUCUUUACCAAAUGAGGGAGACACUCCUGCUAAGAAAGGAGGUGGCAGAAAUAAGGUUUUUAUGAAAGAAGUGACCCUGGAAGAACGUGCUUUGGCUGCUGCAAUUCCCAUGGAUGCUGAAAGAUUUUCCAUCUCAUAUGACCAAGGCGUAGAUUCUGAUGAAGAAAAAAUCGAGAGUAAAAUUUCGGGCCUGAAAGUUGGAGAGAAGCGGAAGCAAGAUAGUCUGGAUUGGGAUAGUGAGCUUGAUACUAUGGGGGGCAAGAAAGAACCAGUAUGGCGAGUGAAUUUUGAUGAAUUUAUAAAUUGCCUGAAGAUAAAGGCUUGCGUUGAGCAUGUCAGAGCAGAGUAUGACAAUGUUGCAGCUGUGAUUUUGAAAUCCAUGUUGGAAGGGGCUAAGCAUACAGUUAGUUCAGUGUCAUUGUCUCUUGAUUCAAUUUUUGAAGAGGUUAUUAAGAGCAAAGAAGGUCUCACUAUGGAGCAUCUUCGAUAUUCUCUUGAACAACUUGACUUUUGUUCUGAAACAAACGAUGUGUACACAAUUAAUAUGAAAGACAUAAUUAAGAAAGCUCAGUUAGAAGAGGUGGAGUGUAUUGUGAAAAAGCGGUAUGGAAUAGAAGCUUUUAGAAUAUUCAGGUCGCUAACAAAUGGUCGUCCACUGGAUACUGAUAAGAUUUCAGAACGAACCUUUGUGGAUAAGAAAAAUACACCACAGACUUUGUAUAAGCUUUGGAAGGAUAAUUACAUACUAAUGGAGAAAGUAACUACUGGAGGUCCAAGACAGGCAGACUUCUUUUUGUGGAGUGUGAAGAAAGGCAAUCUUUGGCAUCAAAUUUUGGAUGAGCUGUACCAUGCUGCACUUAAUCUAUGUUUACGAUAUGCUUAUGAAGUCGAUCAAGAGCGAGAGAUCCAAAACUUGAGCAUAGAAAAUCCCUCACCAGAGGUGAAGGAGAGGAGAAUGCGUCUGCGAAAUGUGAGGAUUCUGCUGGACUCGUCUUUAAUGAAGCUAGAUGAUGCUGUUAUGAUCUUUCACGACUUCCUGCUGUGAGCUCUCCUGACUCUUAAGGCUAUACUAGGCGACAGCGGUGACAAUUGACCAGUUGUUGAUGAUCAGCUUUUGCAACUUCAAUUCGAUUUGUAGUGCAAAAGGUGGUUUCUUCUUCAUUUUCAACCCCCUCCUCCCCCUUCUCUUUCUUGAAGGUAUGCAAUCAGUUCAUUAUAGCUAUCUCGGUCUGUGCUUAAGAGUUCUCCUGUCUUUCAGAAGUAAUUAUAAAUACAUUAUUUAUAUGAUUUAAAUCUAUAAUAAUUAUAAAGUGAAUUUAUGCGAUAAUAUAUAAUCCAUUUGUCCAAACUUGUUUGCAUCAUUUCCAGAUCAAAGGGGGCAAAGUUGUGGUCUGGGGGGGAACUUGCUGGUUUUGUUUCAGUAAUUUCUAAAUAUUACUAAUAGCUAUUUUCAUUCCUAUUAACUCGAUGUACUUCAUAUUUGAUUAUUAUAUUGAAACAUAAGGUUGUACUCUGUAUUCGAUUGACAUUCAAUAUGAGGAAGUAUAUUAUGAUCGUUUUGUAAGAGCUUAAUAAUGAAUCUAUGGCAGCGACUGAAACAGUUGUAUUUGAAUAUAAAGCGUGAUUUUAUCGAUUUCUUUAGCCGUAAAUAUUUUUGAUAUUCCGUGGUCAAUUUUCUUACCUUUCAAGGAUUUAAGAAGUGGCAUGUGGAUGAUUAUUGCAAAAAAAA